CCGCCCAUUCCUGUCUUAUACGUUUUCCUAUUUGGAGGAAUAGCUGUGGGUCAGACCAUUGCAUUGUAAAGGGAAGGAAAGGUGUUGGCUGUUUUCUCUCCUCCUCUUCUUCCGCUUGGGCACCCUGCCUCCGUGGCGCAUCAUGCCUGUCCAGCCCCUGCCCAAGGAGAUGGAGGCAGAGGGAGACUCGGCAGCUGACAUGAAUGGUGAAGAAGAAAGUGAGGAUGAGCACAGCGGCAGCCAGUCCGAAUCUGAAGAGGAGAGUUCAGAAAUGGAUGAAGAGGAUUGUGAGCGACGUCGCUCGGAGUGCGUGGACGAGAUGAUGCACUUGGAGAAGGAAUUCUCUGAACUCAAAGAAAAGCUUUUCAAGGAGCGCCUGAGUCAAGUGAAGAUGAAACUGGAGGAUGUGAUGCUUGGGAAAGCAGCGGAGUAUCUGGACCCCCUGGGAGUCCUACAGAACCACAUGCAGAUCCGGAUCGAAGUGGCUGGGAUUUACAGAGGCUUCUGCCUGGAGGUGAUCCACCACAAACAUCGGUGUGAACUUCAGGGAGCACAGCAGCAUCUGGAGAGCGAAAAGCUGCUGUUGUACGACACCCUUCAGGAGCGCCUGUUGGAAAGGAUCCAGCGUUUGGAAGAUGACCGGCACAGUGUGGGCCUCACCUCAGAAUGGUGGGAUGACAAACUUCGACCAAAGCACAGUGCGAAGGAUUGGGACCCUCUCCGACCUGGCAAAAGGAAGAAGCCUCCAUUGGUGUCUGGCCCAUAUAUAGUCUAUAUGUUGCGUGACAUUGACAUUAUGGAGGACUGGACGGCCAUCAAAAAGGCUAAAGCUGCAGUGUCCCCUCCGAAGAGAAAGAUAGAAGGCUCAGUGAAGACUGAAAAGCUACCAUCUCCAGCCCUGUUCUCAGCUCACUGUGAAGAUGGCCAUCUCCACUACGAAGGCGAGGUCUACGUCAAAGGGCAAAACAUCUCCUUGCAAGUUGGGGAGGAGGCGCCCGUCCAGGCCGUGAUUACUGCCAUUAGCACAGGAGAAGUCUGGCUCCGCAGAGAAGAUGGCAGCAAAACCAAGAUCUAUGUGUCGCAGCUCCAGAAGGGUAAAUACUCGGUGCACAAAGCCUAGUGCUCUGUCCGGCUGUGGACUUGGGCUUUUCCCUUCUUUCUCCUGGAACCAGCGAGGCGUCUCUGAGAAACCAAAGGAUCCUGAAGCAGCAAUAUGCUCCUCUGUGUGCCCGAUGGAGCAACUUGAGCCGUAGCGCCUUGCGGUUUCCCUGCGGUUAUGCCGGUGUCGCAGAUGGAUCAAGCCCCUGGUGUGGAAUUCUCCCCCCCCUGCUGUUUCUGCUGCAGUUUUUGUUGUGCUUGCCAAGUGUGCUCUUCCUCUGCUUGGGAAGGUUGUGCGUGCGUGCGUGCGUGCGUGCACGUGGCAGCAGCUUCUCUUUCUGAAGAGACUUCCAAUAAAACACCAAAGUGAGAUAUUUUUUCCCCUCCCCACCCCUUUGCUUUUAAUUCAGAUUGUGCUGUUUCUGUGUGUUACGGGAUGCUACACUGUGGGUGCGGGCGAAGGCUGGUGGAGAGGAGACAGCCAAGGGCGCAGAUCCCAGUCCUUUACUUCAGGAGUCCCCCCAGUGUGCUGCCUGUGGGUACAAUGAUACCCACUGGCACCUUUCUUUGUGCCCACCAAAUGUUUUUAGGAAGUGGAUAGGGCCAGGUGGGGCUUUCGCUCAGCCGUGCUUCUGAUUGGCCAUUGGAGAUUGAUUGGCUGUGUAGAUAUAAAAAAAAAAUUGCUUCGGCACCACGACACAAGGAUCUUCACUGUGUGAUAGAAGGAAAGCAGUGGCAGCCAUUUUGUGACUGGCUCCACUUCCUGUGGCAGCCAUUUUUUUUGGCUGUGACCACCACACUAUGUCAGAAUUCCAGAGGUGCCCGCAGGCUCAUAAAGGGGACCCCUGCUUUUACCCAAUCCACUUCCUACUAAAUUCCAUAGAAUAAAACCUGCAGAUGUUUUCCACUGUAGUAUACUUUAUAUACUACAGCGGCAAACAUCUGUAACUCAAAAACGACUCCAGCGGCUAUGCUAGUGGUGUUUCUCAUUUAGCUUUGGUUAUAUUGAACCAGAGAUAGUGUGCUUUUGAGCAUGUGCAGAGGGUCUUUUUUCAUGAACGGAUGCCAUCUUUGCAGAGCCUCUUUUGUGAACGACACAAAGGCCUUUGUCUCCUCUCUAGAGGGACCAUCUGCAAGGAAACCCCAAGUAUGCUUAGGGGCCGCUGGGGGAAAGCAAGGGAAGACCUACCCCCGUGAGUUCCUUGCAUGGUAUAGGAUCCAACCGUCUAAACAAUCCAUGAACCCAAUGGGGCCCAAAAACUUUAUUUAGAUAUUCAUAUUCCACUUUCCUCCUCAAUGGGGAGAAAGUAGCGAAAGCAGCUUAUGACAUCGUUCUUUCCUCACAACAACAGUCUUGUGAGGGUAGUCUUGCUUGUGAGAGACGGACGGGCCAAGGUUGCCCAGCAGUCUUCCAUGGCAGAGCAGGGAUGCAAACCUGACACCCCCCCCCCCGAAUAGUCUAACACUCUUAACCCGUACAGCAAGCAGUUGCUGUCUUCUAAAGACCAACAAGAUUCCCAGAGGAUAAGCUUUCAAGAGUCGAGGUCCUUUCAUCAGAUAUCUUCACUGUAACUCAGAUUAACUCCUGCGAGUCCUCUGUCUGGCUACCCUGUCUUCAUCUUGGGGCAAGAUGGUUCUUUGAUAGCCCUGUGGCAGCCGUUGGGGAAGGAAAGAAGCUCUGGCAUGUUGGAUUCUCUUAGCAGCCUUUUCCAAGCUGUUCUAGUUUCCCCCCUUGGGAUAAGAGCCUUAAAGAACGACAAGAGGAAAAUAAAUAUCUUUUUGAGAUCAAGCAUUAUAAAUACAGUGCAACGCUUUGUUGUGGUUGUGGGGGCUGAGCUUGGUAAGUCAUUACAGGUGUCAGGAUCCAGUCCUGGUGGCUAAAGUUGCUGUCUAUUAAAAGGAUUGUUCAUUAUGGCCUACCCCCCACCCCACACACCCUGCAAUCUCACAUGCUUCUACUUUUACAGUCAUUUACUACCUAACUGCUACCAUUUUGCUCAGUUCUUAAAUAAUAAAACGAUCGACUCUCUCUGAAAAUAAACUCUUCUACCCAGUAA